GUAGCGCUGAGGUAUUAUUAGCCAAAAAGCCGGAGCGCGGCACUUGAGACAUCCAGAUGUUGCGUUUGAGGCACCGAGCGAAGUCAGGACUACAACUGUUUCCACGCUGAAACAAACUUUCAUACAUUGCUUUUAAUGAUGGAUGCUGACAGGCUCGAUUAGAGGAAGCAAAGCGAGGCUUGUUUGAACAUUUUCACGCCACUUUUUAUCUGCUUGGACAAAGAGGAGACUGAGGAGGACGUGAAAGCACCGGAGCCUCAUCUUAACUGCGCAGUUUGGACGUUUAAACCUGAUUGAAAUGUUUGUGUUUCUACGCCGGGUUGGAGUUAAAUAGUCCACCAAGGUGACACUGUCGCUGAAAUCACGUUAAAAGUUUAUUUUUAUUAUUUUAUAUACAUAUAUUUGUGUGCUGGGGCAAGUGGACAUCAUGGCUUUCCUUCACUUGCUCCUGUGUGCCGGGAUGUUAUCACUGCCGAUGUGCGGAGCGUUCUUCCGCGGACCGUUGCAACCGGAGAUGUCUAACGGCACCUUUCAUCACUACUUCGUGCCGGACGGAGACUACGAGGACAACGACGACCCGGAGAAGUGCCAGAUGCUUUUCAAAAUGACCGACGACCGAAAGUGCGGUCUCGACGAGGACCUGGACGCCGUCAUACGGGAUGAUUUCACCAUCAUCAAGAGGCAGAUCGAGGACUCGGCCAGGGUGCUGGAGGGGAUCGGGAAAAGCAUCUCGUACGACCUGGACGGAGAGGACAGCUACGGGAAGUACUUGCGGAGGGAGACGGGGCAGAUCAGCGAGGCGUUUACAAACUCGGAGAAGUCUCUGCUGGAGCUGGAGGUGAAAUUCAAGCAGAGCCAGGAGAGCGAGCUGAAAGAGGAGCACCGGCUCAGCGACGACUUUCUCAACAUGGUCGUGCACACACGGGACGUCCUGAAGGACACGCUGGACAUUUCUCUGGGACUGAAGGACAAGCACGAGCUCCUGUCUCUGAUCAUCCGCAGCCACGGCACGAGACUGAGCAGGCUGAAGAACGAAUACAUGAAGUUCUGAGAGAAAGUAGUCCCUGCGCGUCUCAUUACAGUACUAUUUUUAUUUUUCUAUGGUGGAGUGUGUGGCCAUGAGGCAGGGGUGAGACAAUGAGCAAACAUAUCAGGGAUAAAAACAAAACUUUAAAGGGUCAGUUCACAUAAAACACACACACACACACACACACACACACACACACACACACACAUACAUUCUCUCCUUUAACUCUAGAGCAGUGAUUCCCAACCUGAGUUCACUUUAAUGGGUCCAAAUACAGGAGGUCAACUGUGUUGGGACUUUUGAAAUGUAAUGAGUUACAGAUUACUAGUUACCCUGUUAAAAAUGCAGUAUGUAAUUUAUUUCAUCAAAGUAAUAUAACAUAUUACCUUUGAUUAGUUUUAGAAUACUUAUCUAACAAAUCAUCCCCGGGCAAUAAAGCUGAAAAAUGUCCAGAAACAGACUCAUUUUCUGGUUUAACUCUUGAGCAGUGGUUCCCAACCUGAGUUCACUCCAGUGGGUCAAAAUAAAGGAGGUUACUUUUGAAAUGUAAUGAGUUACAGAUUACUAGUUACCCUUUAAAAUGUGGUAUGUAAUAUACCUAUUUUAAUCACUUCUUUAAAGUACAGUAUAUCUUGGAUUAGUUUUGAUUACUUUUCUACCAAGUGUUUUAAACUGGGCAGUAAAGCUGACAAAUGUUCAGAUGAUAUUUCUGUGCAGUGAAAUGAUGCAAAGCAACAGAAUAAAUGUUAUAACAUGCACGCUUUUAGAUGGAACGCCUUUAUCACCAACAUUUUGAUCAGUGAGUCUAAUUUAAUUAAUUUUUUCUCAGUAUCUGUAACUUAUCACAAUUACAUUUAUAUUUAAAUUGAAUUACACAAUUCCGUUAUAUGUAACUAGUUACUCCCCAACACUGGAGGUCAAUGGGACAGGAAAGAACGAAACACAUUUUCUCGCUUAACUCUAGAGCUUUCCCAACCUGAGUUCACUCCACUGGGUCAAAAAACAGGAGGUUAACUGUGUUGGGAUGGUUACCUUUGAAAUGUAAUGAGUUACAGAGUAACCCUGUUAAAAAUGUAAUUAGUAAAGUCAUUACCUUUUUUAGAUUACUUCACAAGUGUUUUAAACUGGGCAAUAAAGCUGAAAAAUGUCCAGAAGACAUUACUGCGCAGCAAAACGAUGCAAAGCAAUUGUAUUUUCAUCCCAUUUUCUCAGUAUCUGUAACUUAUUACAAUUUCAUUUUAUGUUUUAACACAAUUGGGUAACUCCGUUAUAUGUCACUAGUUACUGGAGGUUAAUGGGACAGAAAAGAACAAACACAUUUUCUCAUUAAAUUAGAGAGCAGUGGUGAGUUCACUCCAAUGGGUCAAAAUACACAAGGUUAACUGUGUUGAGGAGGUUACUUCUUAAAUGUAAGGAGUUACAGAUUACUAGUUACCCUGUUGAAAAUGUAGUAUGUAAUGCACCUAUUUUAAUUACUUCUUCAAAGUUAUAUAAUUUAUUACCUUUGAUUCGAUAACCUUUCUAACAAACGUUUUUAACUGGGCAAGAAAGCUGAGAAAUGUCGAGAACCAAGAAGAAUAUAUUCGGAUAUAAUUCCUCUGUAAUCAACUUUUUUAAUAAGUUACUGUAAUUUAAUUCAAUUUUUCUCAGUAUCUGUAACUCAGUAAAUUCAUAUUGUAAUUUAAUAACGUAACUCUGUUACAUGCAGCUAGUUACCCCCAGCACUGGAGGUUAAUGGGACAGGAAAGAAGAAAAACUAAAUUUUUGUGACUUUUCUACCAUCUCUCAUUUUCUCUUGGCAAAUACUCAACGGAUUCUUCUUUGUUGCUGAUAAUUAUUCACAUUAAACCAUCUGAACAAAUCUUAAGUGCUAUAUCGUAGGUAACUGGACUUGCUUGAGAUUCUUGAAGACGUUUUACCUCUCAUCCAAGCUCUUCUUCAGUUCUGAAGACCUGGAUUACUGAGAAUCUUCACCAACAAUCAGAACAAAUAGUCAGGAAAAUCUUUCACAGUCAUUCACUGGCCACAACUCAUAGUCACAAGUGACCCAUGACGAGCAGUACGCACUGCUUCAGUAAAGGGUCAGACAUAAAAAUGUUUGGGAACUGCUGCUCGAGAGGUAUGUAGCCAUGCAGAUCACUCCAACGGGUCAAAAUAUUUCUGAGGUCACCAGAUGGAUAAUGGGAUAGGAAUUUUGCUUUGCUUUUCUUCUUGUAAAAUACUCCACAGACCAUUUUUGAUAAUUAUUCAGAUUAAACUAUCUUAUUGGUUAGUAAGGAUAGCACAAGCCAGUGAUUCCCAACCUGGGGUACUUGUAUCUUAGGGGGUACUUAUGUAGUUACCAGGGGGUACGUGGAAAUAUUGACAAUGUUUAAAUAACAGUUUGAUUAGAAAAUAACUGAUGUGUCGAGUUAGUAGUUCCUUGAACACUGUGUAGCAAAUGAGUUCGCAAAAAGUAGUUCACAAGGGAGCAGAGAAAUCUGAAAUGUUAGCUAAAAGUAGGGGAUAAAUAUUCAAAAAUUAGCUAAAAGUAGCCUAAUGUACAUACAGUUCAAACAGUUAGCUAAAUGACUGAAUGAGUUAGGUAAAAGUAAUGAAUAUGCCGCUGAAAUAUGAGCUAAAAGUAACAGCUUAAUGGUUGAAAAAGCUUUAGUUCAGCUUCUGCCACUGGUAGAACAAAUGCAAACUUGACCAAACCAAACUAAACAUUGACAGCUUAAUUGUAUGACAGUAGUGUAAUAAUAUAUGAAAAAAAUGUAGGAAAAAAUAUUGUCACAAGUGUUAAAUAAUACCCAGUUAGUGAUAAAUUCAAACUAACACGUGGAAUCCGAUGGUUGAUGCUGAUGAUGGGGUACUUGACUUGCAAGGGUGCGUCUUAAGAAAAGCUUGGGAACAACUGGCAUGUGCGACCUGUAAUGAGAAAGGGUCGGAAACAUAAAAGUUUGGGAACCACCUUUCCCGAGGUUUGUAGCCACACAGAUAGUUUGGUUGAAUUAUGUUUCGUGACAUCUGUCUCCCAAGCUGGCAAAAAGAUGGAACUACCCCAAGUGUCCCAGACCCCCAGGGGCCCCAAAAGCCCUGUGUGUCAGCUGUGUUUUGGUACAGUAAUUUGGCUAUUUGCAAAUUCUGUUUCCAGUUUUCACAACUUAAGUACAAUAUCAAUGGGCCCCCAUUAUUACCUGAUCUCAUGGCCCUGUUUUGUCGACGGGUCAUGUGUCAGAAUCUGUUAUUUUUAUCUUACAUUGUGCUUAUAUUGUCCAUAUUCCUAAAUGAAGUUGUGCUCCAGAAAAUAAAAAUGUAAUACUAUGAGAGAAACAAACAGUGUUCCAUUAACAUCCAUUACAUUCAUGGCAUAAAUCUCAGUUGGGGAUGAAAAACCAAACCUAUCUCAGUUGCUUGGAACUGCUAGUGUUAAGUAAGACAAUGUGUUUUGGGCAAAUAAGGAGUGGGCAAUAUGUAUAAAAUCCUCUUUAACAGUAUACGCAAUUUAAUAUGACAUUAUUGUGAUACAUUUUCUGUAAAAAAGCCAAUUGAGAAAUCGUUAACGGAUAAAAUAACCAGAGAGGAAUGUGUGUUUUUGGCUGACCCAGCAAACUAAGUACCUAAGAAGUCUAAGUGCUUCAUCAUAUUGAUGCAAAAGAUCAUAUAAAAAUCCAAUAUUGCCAUAAAGUGGUCCCGCUCGGUGAUUUGCAAUGCACACAGGGAUAUUAAAGAGCUGUAGAGGUUUAAACAGCAUGGCAAAACCUCGAGACAAAUAUAUAUCAUCUGACUGUAAAUUGUCAUAUUGCCCACUCCUAGAGGCCAUUAUAAUGGUCAUUACACGCCAUAAAAACACACAAUAGUAGCUGAGUCACUUUAUUCAAAACUGGCUGAAUACAAAUUACAUAUUGUCCAAUAAAAAGUCUAAAAUAUGGCCCUAGUGUUAGUUGAACAUUAUCUGUCCGUCAGUCAAUAUGCCUCUUUUCUAGGUGUAAGGUCAUUUGUGAUAAGUGCAUCGAAUUUACCUUUGUGCGAGUGUGUGUAUAAGUGUGUGUAAGUGUAUGCGUGUGUUAAACAACGGCUUCAAACAUGAGUCAGCCAAUCAAAAAAAGAGAACGGGAACUAUCAGUUUUCAAAACUCUAGUACUGUAGUCAGAUGAAGGGUUUUCCAAAAACUCAUUCAGUCCUCUGUGGCCAGAAAAAACAGUAAUAAGUGAGCUUUGGAGUGACUCGUGAGGAUUAAGGAAACGUUUGGACACGUUGGACAGCCUAUGUGUCCAUCAUGUCUUUUAUUUUGACCCAAAAGCUGGAUAAGUGAUUUUUGGAUAACUCUUCAUACGGCAGUAAAGCAGGGGUGGACCUCAUGUUGUAGCCUGGUUGAAAGCUCCAAAUACGAGCAGCCAUUAUUGUUGCUCUCCUCUGACACUCCUGAUGAAUGUUUCCAAGAAUAUCAAAGAAUGUUUACAUAUGGACAUGUAUGUUGUAUUUUUUGCUUUACGGGCUAGCAGACUUUGCACAAUUCUUUACUUUCCUGGUGCUAAAGGUUGUGACACAGUUUAAAAUGCAAGGCCUUGACUGUGCUGUUGUGCACAGGCAGUAUAAUCAUGGAAAAUGUACAGUGUAUUAUUAUUAGAAGUAAGUAAAUACUGUGAGUGCCAAUAUCUUUAUUACAAAACACCCUAAUAUGUAUUCAUUGUUUAUAUAAAGUUUUGGAAAUAGAGCUGCAUAUAUCUAUUCUUGUUUACCUUUUUAUUAAGAUAUGUGGUGAGAUGUAAUACAUUGACGGAAAAGACUGCAGGCAGCACUCGUGGACUUCAGUGUCAAACACUAAUCUGUGUGACGAUAUUCUUAACGGAUUGUGUUGUGUCUUCGUAAAUAAAAAGUUUGUGUUUGAAGUAAA